AAUAUAUCAAAUUAGAUCUAGGUGUGUGAAAAUUUGCUUCUUUUUCCAUGUUAUUGAUGUCCAAUUUUCCUUGUGUUUUGGAAGUCCCAAUAAUUUUCAUCUGUAUGCGUUCAAUUUUGGCUGGGUGAUUAUGAUUUUCGUGUUUCAUUUUGGAUUUCUGUUUCAGAUUUUUGUUGUGUUUUGUCACAUGCAGUAAUUAAUUUGGGCUUUGAAUUUUCUUUCUCAGAAUUCUUUUGAACUUCCUCCGUUCAUGUAUGGGGUUUUCAUCGGAAUCAAUUUCUUGGGUUUUUGUGUGUUUGGCUUGGAGUUUCUUCCUCUUAUUGAAUUGGCGUUUUCGUAGUUGAUUUCGAGGAUGCGGUUGAACAUAUUGUGCCCUCUCACAUCUGGUAAAGCGAUUUGAGAAGUAGUUAGCACCUCCCUUGAAAAGUCAAGUUUUUUUAUUUAUAGUAGUCUCUCUCAAAUUUAAGGCAGGUAAAGCAGGUUAAAUCUUUUCUCUUGCUAUAUUUGAUAGUGUUAGUUGGAAUAUUGUUACUUGUGCGUUUUGACGUGGAGGACUUGUUAUCCUUCUAAAUCUAUGAUUUGUUCUUCUUUGUUUUAUAGGCAUAAUUUGUGUUAUAGUGUAAGUUACCGUUUGGGUUGAAUGUUGUUAAUUUGCUUUGUGGAAUUUACAGAAAGUUGAAUGUAAGGUCUCUUUUUAGUUAAAUUUGACUAUUGAUUGAUUUGAUUCCACUCUGGAGUUUUAUUCUCUCUAUGUCCGUGUGAUUUGGGGAGAAGGGUGAUUACUUCCAAAGCUUUUGAAAUUGAUAAGCAAAAUUUCCUAUAAAUAGCAUGGGAGGACUAGCGCUUAGAGAUCAUCGAAUAAAUGGUAUCUCAAAUAAAUACUGACACAGGGCCACUGCUUAGCGAAAAUGUUUGUCAACUGAUUUUGUGGAAACACAGAAAAAACUUGAAAUGCCCAUGGAAACCAUGACAUGUUAUUAAACUGCUUUAUUCCCUUAUUGUUAUGUAGGACAAGAGUGUGGUUACUAUUUGUUGCUUGACACUCAUAUUUCCAUUGCAGUGUUGAAAACCGAAUAUCUCUAUUACCUUUUUGUCUACGCUUUUGCAAAUUCACAUGGUUACACAAUAGUAUCAUAUGUUGAAGUUGAACUAUAACAUAUGUUAUUUGAUAGAUACAAAUUAUUAAAAAUACUAUAGCAUACAGUGUGAAGUUAAGGAUUUGCAGUUAUUACUAUUAAUGUUUCAACUACAAGUAUGUUCUUCUCUACCUGUCAUUGCGAUUUCUUUUUCUCUCCUUCCUCCUUUUAUCUACUUGAUUAGUAGCGAUCCAGUCACUCUGUUCUGCUCCGUUUUGAUUAAUAGGAAAUUUGGGGGUGUUUGAGGAGUUUAAGGGUACAAAGUUGUUGUCUUGUUACUGAUGAAAAGAAAGAUCAGUAGAAAAAGAACUGGAAUACGUCAUAGACAAAAUAAGAAACUAUUAAUAGCAGGUAUAAGUUAAAUUAGGAUCUUACGCUCUUUUGUAAAUAUAUCUCUCAUAGUUAUAUCUGAAGUUAAAUGAAUUGGAAUUUGUGACCAGGAGUAUGUCCCUGUCUACAUGGGAAGUUCAAUAAAAUAUUUCCAAUACAUUGCUUACUUUUGCAAUGUGGAUUAGACAUUUCUUGAUUUUUUGAUUGGUAGUAAUUCCGUAAAUCAAGUAACGAUAGUAUUAUCACAACCUAAUACAUACUUUUAGCAAGUGUCUCAUUCUGUUUUAGUGUCUCACUUCAAACAGUACACACACCCAAACUGAUGCCAAAGUUCUUUCCAUUUUUUGAGUAACCAAUAUGAUAAAAUAUUCAGGUGCUGCAGCCUUAAGUAUCAUAGUUUAGUUUUGCCCAAAGUCAUAUGCGGCCACUCAAACUUGUCCCGAUUAUUCAUUUAGACACCUGAACUAGGACUUAUAUCUAUUGAACACCUAAAUUAUCAAGAAAUGUGCCUAUUAAACACAAAACGCUGAUGUGGCAAAGUAAGUGUAUCUCACUGCUGCUGAGCGCGUGAAUGCAUUUUUUUAUUUUUUUUAAAUAUUUAUACCUACUUUGUUGACACUUGGCAUGCAUUGACUAAAUAUAUAUAAAAAAAUUAAUUUAAUUAAGCAUCAAUCUUUUAAAUCAUAAAAAAAAAAAACAAAAAAAACCCACACUCAUCUUCCUUCAACCCACCAUUUUAAAAACUUCAAAUUUCUCUGCUUUUGUUAUGAUUUUUUUUUCAUUUUUCGUAAACAAAACGUCUGCUGCAUUUUCAAGAAGAAGAAAAACUGAAACAUUUUGAGUUAAAAAUUGACCAAUAUCUGUACUUUUUUAUUUUCAAUAACUCCAAUUGAGCAACUAUCACCAUUCAUAAACUUAUUAGAAAUGCUAUAAAAUAUUUGAUAUAAUUUUAAUUUCUCUUUGUUGUCGAUUUUAAAAUAAUUUAUCAAGGUCGAUUAUAUUUAUAAAAUCGGAAUAGUCGUCAAAGGAAUAACAUAUAAUGAAGAAAAUGAAAGAGAAAAAUAUUUGGUGGAUGAAUUCGAAAUGAGAUGGGGUUAGGCAUUUUUUUUUUGUUAUGAAGAGGAAUGGUGAUUAUGGAACAAGAGAGAAGAAGAAAAGAAUAAGAUGAAGAAAAAAGGGCAGUAAGUUAGAUGGGAUGGGGUUAGGUGGGGUGAGGGUGAGGGUGAGGGGAAAGAUUUUUUUUUAAUUAAUUUAAUUUUUUAUAUAUUAUUAAAGGAAGGAAAAUAUUCUUUAUUUUUUAAAAUUAAAUUAAUGGGCCCAUGUGCCACGUGUCGUAGUUCUAUUCGUACUUUUUGUCAAGAUAAAGAGCGUGCAUUACACGCACAAUAUUUGUAAAGAUAGUUGUUAUUUUAUGUUCAAUAGAUAAAUACUUAUUAAUAUUAAAGUGUCUAAUAGGUAAGAGUCUCAGUUGAGGUGUCUAAAUGAAUUAUGCGGACAACUUUAAGGGGCUAUCGAUGACUUAGGCCUUUAGUUUUCUUGAGGCUUGAGCUAUUUCAUUUGUUUUGCAACUGCUAACAUGUUAUUGAUGUAAUAUAUUGUUACAUGUUAUAAUUUAUUUAUAUCUUAUAUAAUUAUGGUUUGAUGGGCCAAAAGAAUUGGCUUUGAUAAAUUGUGAUGUAGUGGAAAGAAAAUUUAGAUAGGUGUUGAGUUGGUUGCUUUUACAUUUUAUUUUAACUGUGAUGUUCAUCAAAGUAGUCACAGUGCAUAUAUUAGUGUAGAAAGAUAAAAGUAAAGCUAAAGUACAUAAUAACUCACUCUUGUCUUGGCCAUUCAAUUAGUAAAAAAUUAUGCACUUAAGUACAAUAUUAGUGUACAGUUAGUUGUUAAGAAGUAGUACGUGUACUAUAGUAAUAGGUUAUGCCUAAAUAAUUCAAUAGAACUUCCAGAGAUGGGAGUAGCACAAAGAAAUGAAGCAACUCAAAAUGUGAAGAAGAUUUUUUUCUUGUUCAUUCUUUGAACUGUUUUGUUGAACGGGAAUAAAAAAUGUUUUGAAAUCAACGUCUUUCUUGUUCACUCUUUUUAUCGAGAAUUUAACGUUGAACGGUUGAGACCAAUACAACCCUUAAGUAAAGUAGUAAAUUAGAUUUAGACAUUAUCCGAAAUUCACUGAUAAUAAGUUUAGCAUUGUGAAUUGACACAAUUCUAAAUAGCUUGUUCGACUUGUAACAAUGAUGGUCAUAAACAAACAAUCUUCUGUUAGAGCAGAACACGACAACACAAGUAAUGAAAUAAAAACCAUGCUUUAAAUAUACCUAAUCAAUACAUUGAAUAUCUAAAGCAGUAGAUGCCCAAAUAGAAAUUAUCCCUUGUAUGUUCUUUGAUAAUGGAGGCUAGAGAAUUCUGUGUUUCAAUGAUCUUUUUUUAAAUAAAGUUAAUCCUUUGUUGUUUCAAAAAUUGAAUCAUUUGACCUUCAUCACCUUGAUCUUUCCUUGUAUGAUUUUUUUUUGGAUUGAUGCCAACUAUGAAUCUCACUUGUUUGUAUGAAGCCCACAAAAGUUUGUCUCCACUAGAUUCAAAAGCUUCUUUACUUUCUUUUGUUUAAUGUUGUUACUCUUUUGCUUUCGGUGGGAAAAGUUUUUCCUCAAAAUAGUUGUUUGGAAAAUCAUGGCAAUGAAAGAUUUACUUGAUGCUUUUUAAUUGGCUAUCCCAUGUUCUUGUGCCACUACUCUCUAGCAAUUCAGAAAUGUUAUAGGCUUUAAUUUAAUGACCUUUUCAUUUUUAUCCCCAAUUUUCUUCCAUGUCUUCAUAACAUUAUGAGAACAACCCUUUGUUGCCUUUUCAUACUAUCCCCAAUUUUCUUCCAUUUACUUUAGCUUUCGCUAUUCAAUAAUCUCUGUCUUUGUGGGUCUCGCAGUGUUAAGGUUAGUGUUAUCUCUUUGCUUGUAUUUUGCGUUCUUUUGUUUGUGAUGGUGUCAAUUAGCUUUUUAAUCUCUUCUCUGUUUGGUUUCUCAAAUCAUUAGUUUAUUAAUUGUACUAGAAGUAACAAUAGUAUUAUCACAAUAUAAUACAUACUUUUGGUGAGUGUCUCAUUCCGUUUUAGUGUCUCAUUUCAAAGACCACACAUACCCAAACUGAUGCCAUAGUUUUUUUUCUUUUGAGUAACCAAUAUGCUAAAAUAUUCAAGUGUUGCAACAUUAAGUAUCAUAGUUUAGUUCUCUUAAGCUGCUUAGUUGGUUUUGCAAUUGUUAACAUAUUAUUGAUGUAAGGAGUUGUAAUAGGUUAUAGAUUACUUAUAUCUUAUAAUUAUGAUUGACUUAAUGUAUGUUGUAUCAAGAUGCAAAUAGAUGUCCUUUUAUGUUUCUUUUGAUGCACCAAAAAAUUCCAGCUUGUAUAGGAAAUUGUGUGGAGGUGUUGUUACAUAGUUGUUGUUCUAACAAAAUAUUUGUUUUGAACUGAAUUUCACUUGCUUUGAGGGGACAUCCUAUUAUUUUCAAGUCACUUUCCAAGAAUAUACUGCAAGUAAAUGAUGACUAUGAAAAUUGUUAGAUACUUUUUGGUGCUAAAAACCAAUCAAAAUGCAACAGUCAUAAUGCAACAUUUUGUUGAAUAUUGUACAAUGUAUAUAUCCAUCAGUGCGGAUACGCUUUGAACAAGAAAAAGUAUACGAUACGAGCGAGAAGAAAGAUAGUGAAUUAGAUAGAGUUACCUACAGAAAGUCAGACAAACUAUGGAUCACACAAAUGUUGUUUGCCUAAAGCACUGCUUCUAUUCAACUACGAGUACAAAUGAACUUUUUCUCAAUUUAGUCAUGGAAUAUGUUCCAGAAACUAUGUAUAGAGUGCUAAAGCAUUAUAGCAAUAUGAACCAGAGAAUGCCACUCAUCUAUGUUAAGCUUUACACCUAUCAAGUAUUUAGAGGGCUGGCUUACAUGCAUACUCUUUCUGGCGUAUGCCACAAGGACUUGAAGCCUCAGAAUGUUUUGGUAGACCCUCUAACUCACCAAGUAAAGAUUUGCGAUUUUGGAAGCGCGAAAGUACUGGUUAAAGGAGAAGCAAACAUCUCAUACAUCUGCUCGCGGUUUUAUCGGGCUCCUGAACUCAUAUUUGGUGCAACAGAGUAUACUACUUCAAUUGAUAUCUGGUCAGCUGGCUGUGUCCUUGCUGAGCUUCUUCUUGUGCCAUUGUUCCCUAGAGAAAAUGCUGUGGACCAACUUGUUGAGAUAAUCAAGGUACUUGGAACACCGACAAGGGAGGAAAUUCGUUGUAUGAAUCCAAACUAUACUGAUUUUAGGUUUCCACAAAUCAAAGCACACCCUUGGCAUAAGGUAUGUUUUCACUUGACUUUAGUCGUACCUCGUGGACCAACAAUUUGUUGUCUUGCUGCUCGCUGUGUGUAUCAUUCCUGUUGAAUUUUGUACUGAGAGUUUAUUUUCAUUAUUUUCUCUUUUCUUUGUAAUUUUAUUAUCAAAUAUCUUAAUUAAUUGCUAAAGUAGUGACUCUAUUGUUUGUGGUAAGAAUAUUGUUCUCAAUAGAUAAGCAUAAUUUAUAAACAUGUCUAGAAAUUAGGGUCUGAACUUUUGUAAAUCUUGUUCUAUAGAUUUGGGUGUCGUAAAAAUUGAAGUUAUGCAGAUAUGUUUCAUUUUUUUCAUGAAAGAAAACCUUUUAAGCCAAAAAUGUCUUUCUGCUUUGGGAUAAACAUGUCUGCACCAGUAUAGUACUUUCUCUUCACUCAUUUCUUUCUGAAUUUUUUAAAUUUAUUGCCUCCAUUUUAAUUGUUUGUCUUAGUUUGACUUGACACGACACAUAACUUUUAAAUCUUGUAGUCACAAACUAAAGAUGUGUAUAAUGCACCUAACAUGUCUGACAGAAUGUUGGACAUAAGAAUUGCUAAAUAGAAAAAAGUGAUUAUUUUUUAAGCAAACUAAAAGAAAAUAAAAUAAAUAAAUUGAAAAGGAAGUAAAAAAUUAGCUAGACUUAAAAACUAGGAUAAGCAGGGGAUAUAUCUAAAUAUAUGUCAUGUGUGAAUCCUUUGUCAUGUUGAGCUUCACUGAUCCUUUAUGGCUUUUGUAUAUUUUGAUAGUAUGAAUUGUUUUCCUCUAUAACACUAACCAAAAGAGCUUUAUUUAUUAUUUAUCAUAUAGUUUUUUCAUGUCAUCAUGAUGUUUCAUCAGAUUUUGCUCUACUGUAAAUUUCACUUGUAAUAGUAAAGGGUGCCUUCUCUUGUUUUGUCUGCAUACUGUUUGGAUGGUUGGUAUAUAUUGUUCAGCAUACUGGUUGAUUUACCAUAAGCCACACUAUCAAACCAUAUGUAUAAAGCUGCAACACAGAGGUUAUUAUUUUGUUGUGUUCAUUGAUAUGUAGGAUAUGAAAAUAAUUUUCUGAAUCGCUAUAUGGUUAUCUAAGAUAUUUCUUUUU